CGGGGCGGGCUGUACCUUUAUCAGGAGGCGGAGCAGCUGCUCUUUGGAGAACGGGAUGAACCGCUCGCGGUACUGCUGGGACCAGUUGCGGGGUUCCGUGAGGUUCCACAUCUUGCGCAGCUGAGCCCCGGGGUGGGCCUAGAGCCUCUGGACGGUAGUGCCCAGCAGGCAGCGCCCAGCAUUACUGCUCCGGCCUCCCAGGGCCUGGGCAGCAGAACAGCAGGCAUGCACAUCCCAGAAAGCCUCCAGGACCUGGCCAACAGUGAAGCCGUGCAGUUUCUCAAGAGGCCAAAGACGAUCGCACGGAGCUUGGCAGGGGUCUUCUCCCUCAUCGUCUUCUCCUCCGUGCUGACUGACGGCUACCAGAACAAGACCAACUCUUCGCAGCUCCACUGCGUCCUCAACAGCAGCAACGCGGGCUGCAGCUUCGCUGUGGGAGCUGGCCUCCUGGCCUUCCUCAGCUGCCUGGCCUUCCUCGCCCUGGACGCCCAUGAGGGCCGCACCACCACCAGCCGCUUCAAGACGGCCUUCCAGCUCCUGGACUUCAUCCUGGCCGCCCUCUGGGCAGGCAUUUGGUUCGUGGGAUUCUGCUUCCUGGCCAACCAGUGGCAGCAUUCGCCGCCCAGACAGUUCCUCCUGGGGAGCAGCAGUGUCAAGGCCGCCAUCACCUUCGCUUUCUUCUCCAUCCUCGUCUGGAUACUCCAGGCCUACCUGGCCCUCCAGGACCUCCGAAAUGAUGCUCCAGUCCCCUACAAGCGCUCCCUGGACGACGGCGGUGUGGUGGUGACCUCUCUCUCCCCGCUGUCCGCCACCAGCCCCGUCAACACGCCCACCACCGGUCCCCACAGCCUGAGCUACACCAGCUCCGCCCUGUCCCCCCAUCUGACCACUCCGAAGGCCCCCCGCCUCACUAUGAUGCCCGACACCUAGACAGCCUCAUCCACACCAGUAAAGAGAGACUCCUCCCUCCAGAAGGGUUUCUG